GUCACGUGUUGUUGUUGGGCCGGGGAAGCUGCUUCCGGGUCAAUGCAGGACACUGGGCUCCGGCGGCCGGAGCGGGGGCCGAGUAUUUUAGGGAAGGAAAAUGGACCAACCCAGUGGAAGAAGUUUUAUGCAAGUAUUAUGUGAAAAAUAUAGUCCUGAAAACUUUCCUUACCGCCGUGGCCCUGGGAUGGGAGUCCAUGUUCCAGCCACACCUCAGGGCUCUCCUAUGAAAGAUCGCCUCAACCUCCCAAGUGUACUAGUGUUGAACAGCUGCGGAAUUACCUGUGCAGGAGAUGAAAGAGAAAUCGCCGCCUUUUGCGCUCAUGUAUCGGAAUUAGAUCUUUCUGACAACAAACUCGGAGACUGGCAUGAGGUCAGUAAAAUUGUGUCAAAUGUUCCCCAGUUGGAGUUUCUAAACCUGAGUUCCAACCCUCUGAAUUUGUCAGUUUUAGAAAGAACAUGUGCUGGGUCCUUCUCUGGGGUUCGCAAACUCGUCCUCAACAACAGCAAAGCUUCCUGGGAGACGGUGCACACGAUCCUGCAGGAGUUACCAGAUUUGGAGGAGCUCUUCCUGUGCCUUAACGACUAUGAAACAGUGUCUUGUUCAUCUAUUUGCUGUCAUUCUCUUAAGCUCCUACAUAUAACGGACAAUAACCUCCAAGACUGGACUGAGAUACGAAAGUUAGGAGUUAUGUUUCCUUCGCUGGAUACCCUCGUCCUGGCCAACAAUCACUUGAAUGCCAUCGAGGAGCCUAAUGAUUCACUGGCAAGGUUGUUUCCUAAUCUGCGAUCCAUCAGCCUCCACAAAUCAGGUUUGCAGUCUUGGGAAGACAUUGAUAAACUAAAUUCAUUCCCCAAACUUGAAGAAGUGAGGUUGUUAGGAAUUCCUCUUCUGCAGCCAUAUACUACUGAGGAGCGCAGGAAGCUGGUGAUAGCCAGGUUGCCAUCAGUUUCUAAGCUUAACGGCAGUGUCGUCAGUGAUGGUGAGCGAGAAGAUUCUGAGCGAUUUUUUAUUCGUUAUUAUGUGGAUGUCCCAAAGGAAGAAGCACCGUUCAGGUAUCACGAGCUGAUCACAAAAUAUGGGAGGUUGGAGCCUUUGGCAGAAGUGGACCUAAGACCCCAGAGCAGUGCAAAAGUCGAGGUCCACUUUAACGACCAAGUGGAGGAAAUGAGCAUCCGUCUGGACCAAACAGUUGCAGAACUAAAGAAACAGUUAAAAACUCUGGUGCAGCUACCCAUGAGCAACAUGCGUCUCUACUAUUUUGACCAGGAAGCACCCUUUGGCCCAGAGGAAAUGAAGUACAGCUCUCGGGCAUUGCAUUCUUUUGGCAUUAGGGAUGGAGAUAAAAUUUAUGUGGAAUCGAAAACGAAAUAACCUCUACCAGCCUUGUAAAAACACACAUGAGAACUCUUGCAGGGCAUUUGUUUCCAGUGUGGUUUUCUUUAGGAGGGAGAAGGCUGUUGCUUUGUUUUGCUUUGUUUGUUUACCUUUGGGAGGGAUUUUGUAUAUUUUUCCCCUAGAAUGGGUAGGGGGCUCUUUUUGGUAUUUUCUAUCACAGAUUUCUUCAGCUCAACCAGCAGAAUUGGCCACACCUGCAGUCCAUGUGCCCUCUUGCAUAAAGACACCAAUGAAAUCGCCAACUUCUGUGUUCGCUGGGGUUCGCCUGCCACUUGGUUUUGUUGCCCCUGGGUGCGCUUGUGGAGAGAGCGUGAGGCGCAGAACCCCUCCACGGGCACUGUGCGGUAUUCAUAUCAGGAGACAAUCUUCACGGAAGGACUGGCACUUCGACUUCUCCUUUGGUUUGUCCUGUCUGCCUUCCUCUCCCUCCUUUCCUCAUUGGUUUCAGUUUUUCUCUUUGACUUGUGUCAGCAUAUGUUGAGCUAAUAAUCUUAUUUUGUUCAUAUGUUAACUUACCUCUCAACUUGAGUGAUUUUUUUUUUCUCAUUUCUCCCUUUUGAAAUAAUUUUAAGUAUUUUAAGCAUUUUGCAACCUGAUUCUGAUCUCAGGUACUCAGUAAAAUCCUAUAACUCUGCUAGGAUCUUAAAGAAUAGAUGGGAGUUAAAACUCCAGGAAAAUUUAUUAUUCUGGAAGUAUUGGUAGAGCAGUCUGAUCUCUUUAUAUGCUACUCUCUCACUUUUAAUGUUCCUUAUAGAGUAUAUAAGUCAUUACUUAUAUAACAUGAAAUAUGUCAGAUUACAGAGUUAUUUUUGCGUAUUGAAUGUAUCUCUUUUCUUUUUCAUUAAUUUAAACUGUUGAGAAUAGAGAACUGAUUUUAUGAGGAAGCCAGUUGAAUACUGGAUAUGCAUGGCAGGAGAGCAGAGCUGAGGUGAUCUGCGCUGUGUGUGUUAAGGAAUGCAGUGGGGGAUACAGGCAAACGGGCCCCGUGAUUUGCCUGCCACCCACUUGAAGUCCUUGUUCUUGCACUUUGCAUUAAAAGUGGGAAAUUUUAAUCCAAGGGAGUUUUGCUUCCCAUUUUGUGGGGUUUGGUGAUGAAAGGAUUGAAAGUUCUUGUUUUACAUUUCAACUUAAUUGCCUCCAGAGAAGAAUGACUCUGCCUAAUCUAUAGAUGUCAAAACUUCCAAAUUGCACCCAAGUCAUACUAUUUGCAGAAGCGUGUGUAAAGCACUUUUCCUAUGAAAGCCAGUUCUUUACUUGCCCUCCUGUAUUUGUUCUCUGUUUCUUUUUAAAUCAGAUGUAAUCCCUUUGUUUAGUCUGUCUCUUUCUUGGGUCCACCAUGUUUAUAGUGGGAGACUGGAGAAAUACUUUACUAAGGCAGGUAGGGAGAAGGUAGGCAAGUAAAGUGUUUUUCAGAUAUUGUCAUUAUUACCUAGUUGCAUUUGAUCUUUUGACCUUUGUCAAUGAUUCCACCCCGCCUGUGAAUUUAAUUUCUUGGGGAAUUUUUAGAUUAUGUUUGUUUGUUCUUUAUGUAUCGGGGAGUUGUGUUUAUUCUUGCUACUUUUUCACCUUUCCUGUGCCAUGUGGCAGAUGUUUAUUCUCUUAGCGCACUUCAGGUUCAGUAUCUGCAAAGCCUUUGACUCAGUCCUUCUGAGGCAAAUCUACAUUCACUGUAACAUUAAAGAUGGAAACCAAAGGGUUUGAGAAAGACGAAUGAAGCCUGCUCUCCUGCUGCUGCUGCUGCAGACUCUUGUCUUUCAGAAUGUCCAAACUGAGCGAUGCAGAGCCAGGCUGAGUAGAGACAAGAACAGUUGUUUUGCAUUCGCAUUUUCCUGACAGAUUUUUGGAAAUAGGAUAAAAGUGUGGCAAGUGUCACGAAGGCUGAAACUAUGGGUGCUUGGUGUAUGUGCGAGUGAGUACAGAUGAGUUUGAAAGAGAAGCAGUGCAGUGGAGCCCGUGGGUUUUGUCAGCCUGGGAAACAGAUGCGCUCUUAUUUUUUGAAGUUGUAUGACCACUGAUUGUCACACAGUGGAAGGCAGAGUGAGCACUUAUGCUUUAGUCGUAAGUGGAAUGAUCACAAUAAGAUAUUUUAUAUAUGAAAAAGUUUUAUGAAAUGCUUUUUUACUAUUAGAGACCUGUUUCUUCUGUUAUUACAGAACACAGUGUUAUCAACUGCAGGCGUAAUGCUUUUAUUAUACAGUUGCAUGGAGGGGACCUUCCCAUUUAAUUCAGCCGAUGUGGGUAUUUUUAGGGCAUUGUAAUUGAUGGUUUUAAAAUUGCUGAAUAAUUUUUGAUUAAUAAAAAGACUAAUGCAAUCACUGAUCUUUCAGAGUUAUGGAAGUAAAAAAGAAAAGCUAUUUGGCAUGUGUACUUACAGAUGCCUUUGGGUGGCAGAGUAAAGAUGCUGCUUUUGAAAUAAAAUUGGUGCUGUGUAGACCCUGGUAACCAAAAUUAUUUUUAUAACAGGCCUGAAAAGAGAGGAGAACCCAUAGACCUCUGAGUCUCAAGACAUUCAUAAAGGAUUGUUGGUACUUUUCCUGCAUUUUCGUACUGGCCUCACCCAGAUCCAGCAGGAAGGAGCACAGUGCUGGCAUUUGCGAGACAGCAUGCGCUGUAGCUGGUCUCCUAGCUGUGACACUUCAGGCAUGGUGGAUGGAACACACCUUUCCUAAAGUAGAAAUUCUUUGCAGUUAUGAAAAAAUAAUAGU